CUCUUUACGUCUCUUUAUUUUGACGGGUUUUCCUCUUGUUCAGAACUAAGUUGUCCCGUCGCUAGGACUUUUCUUCUGCUGGUUUAACGAGAUAACCGACCACAGAUCAUGAACAAUUCAUUUAGAUUUGUUGCUCGGUGUGUGCGCUCGGGGUCGGCUGUCUAUAUGCCCAGACAAGCCGACCCCGGCCGCUUGAGGUGGGCCCCGGUCCGGGUCCUGUGCUCGGCGGCGGAUCUCCAGAAAAACCUCGGUGAAAUGGUGAAGAAGGACAAAGUGGUGGUGUUCAUGAAAGGGACGCCGGCGCAGCCCAUGUGCGGCUUCAGUAAUGCUGUGGUUCAGAUCCUCCGGAUGCACGGGGUGGAUAGCUACGCAGCGUACAACGUGCUGGAUGACCAGGACCUCAGACAAGGAGUCAAAGACUUCUCCAACUGGCCCACGAUCCCUCAGGUGUACUUCAACGGCGAGUUUGUGGGAGGCUGUGACAUCCUCCUGCAGAUGCACCAGAACGGAGAUCUGGUGGAGGAGCUGAAGAAGCUGGGCAUUCGCUCUGCAGUGCUGGACGCAGAGAAAGAAUCCAAGUAAAGGACGAGUAUAAACACGAAACAGACGACAAAACAGAGGACACAUUUAUCAGGUUGAAGCCCCGUCUCCCCACCACCACCUAUAUAUAUACACACACACACACAGACUAUUGCAGAUAAAUCAAGUCAUAAACGCUGGCCAACAAUGCAGAGUGAUAAAUAUAAGUUUUCCCAGGGAUAAGAUAAUGUAUAUUCGAGUCGGUAUGGUACAGCUUUUUUCCAGCACAGCCUGCUGAGGGCAACAUGACACUAUGAGCGCAAUGGGAGUCACCCCAAAGUUAAAGCUGUGGGCCAAAAAAAAAAAAAACCCUAAAACAA